AUGGCAUCCGCAUCAGAAGAUUCGCCAUUACUGCCUCAACAGGAUCCCCCCCUCGCCGCGGGCCACUCGCCCUCCGCGGUCGGUGACAUUCAAUCCGUUGACGACAAUCAGCACCUACGGCGGUACCACCCACUCCGAUCCGACCUUCCGACCUCUACAGACUGGUUCACCUCCAGUUCAGAAUGUCAAUGCGCAGGUGGACAUCCUCGUGCUGGGGGCCAGCCGAUGCUCUCCGCGUUGAAUAGCAAACUUCGUCGUCGCAAUAGUUAUGGCGCCCCCCUCACUGCACCGAACACGCCUGCGGGCUCCAAGAUUGGCCCGCAACGUACCACGAAGAAAGCGCAAAAACUCAAGCUGCUCCCUGAUCCCGUUACCGCCGAAGAAGAAGAUGGUGACUUUCCCCGCGAUGUCUAUUCGCAAAUCACGCGCAUCAAGGAACCCGCCGCACGGAGCCAUGCUGCACGUCUAGGCAAAGCCGACCGUGAUCGUAUUCCCCGAGUCACUGCAUACUGCACUGCCAACUCAUACCGCCUGGAAGGUGUCAUCAAGUUCUUGAAGUCCCGCGCUAAGUCUCGUGGAGCGAAUCCCAAGUUGUUUGACGAGUGCGUUUAUUCCCCAUUCGACUAUCAAUUCGAAGAAAAGCAGAAGGGAGGCCGGCUCUUCCCUGUUGGAGGAAACAAUGGACACCAUGAACGGCGCACUAGUGAGCGCAGAUAUUCGGACAGUGCGGUGGAAGUAGAGGACAACACCAAGACACGACGAGAAGACUUGAUCGACUUUCGCGAUGAAUCCGGCCGCCCAGUCGAUGUCGAUUCAGAACACGCAGUAUCAGCACCGCAAUCGGAUGAAAACUUUGAUAUUGACACGACCAUCCAUACCCCCGAGAUAUUCCUUUUCGACUACGGCACCGUUGUGAUAUGGGGCAUGAGCCCUGCGCAUGAAUCCCGCUUUUUAUCAGAUAUUUCCAAAUUUGCAUCCUCGAUCUUAAGUCCGGAUGACACGCAGAUUGAGAAUUUCAACUUCUACUACGCUCGCGAAUACCAGGCGCGCAUAUACAACGAUUUCAUCUCACUCCGGGACCCGCGCAACCAUAUGAUUAAGUUGGCCAUUUCGCAUGCCCUGGCCCAAUCGGUGAAAACCUCUCUCUUCGAGGAUCUUGUAUCUGAAACCAUUUCCGACACGGCUCCGCUCCCAGCUCAGAUCGCACAAACAGGUAGCGUCAACCUGACUCGUCGGCAAAUCAACAUGCAGAUUGGCGAGCUUUUUAUCCUUCGAAUCAAUAUCCAUUUGCAGGGAUCCGUUCUCGAUAGUCCGGAGCUUUUCUGGGCGGAACCUCAGCUCGAACCUGUCUAUCAGGCUGUUCGAAGUUAUCUGGAGAUGGAUCAGCGAGUCAGCUUGCUUACCGAGCGACUGGAUGUCAUUGCAGAUCUUCUCGCCGUGCUUAAAGAUCAAUUGACACAUCGCCAUGGAGAAUACCUAGAAUGGAUCGGUACGUACGAACUUAGCAAAUAUACCAAAGCCUACUAA